AUGGAUAGCUUAACCGAGGAUCAAGCAGCUCUUUUAAAACAUUUCCAAGAGAUAACUGAUAUCCAAGAUGAACACAUUGCGUUGGCGACUUUGGCAUCACUGGAUUGGGAUUUGACGAAAGCAGUUGAAGCGAGCAUCAGUAGCCAUAGUCCGGAUGUUGUUAUUGAUAAUACCGAACAAAGCGAAAAUAAUAGGAUUGUCGGCAGCUCUCGCGAAGAAAGUCCAGUAUCUGGUAUGCUUUUGGAUGAUCACGAUUCAUCUCCUAUAAUAAUUGAUGAUGCUGAUGAAGAUGAUGUAGAAACUUUCCGCACAGAUAUUGGAAGAUCGUCAAAUCGAAGCACUCGAUCAUCAACUUUUAAUGGUGCUGGUCCAAGUAGCUCAUCAUCAGAUUUACGAGAACAUAUGUGGCAGGGUUCGCCAAGUUCGCAAAAUCUCUUCCACAGAACAACACGAAAUAUGAAUCGAGUUAGAUAUCCGCGCCAUAUAAUGACAUUCACCGAUGUGAAUUCUGAUACUGAUGAGGAUAAAACAUUUGAUUCAGAUAUGCAGUUUGAUGUUGAGGAUCUCAAAAAAACAGCCAAUCGCCCUCCUCCAUUGGUGCCUGUUGAAUUCUCUUCUGUUACAGAUGCACUUAUCAAUUUUCAAGCAGUUUUUGAAUCUAGGUAUGGUGAUAGACAUCCUCAGUUUUUCAUCGGAAAUCUUGCUGAUGCACUUUCUGAAGCAUUCGAACCAACUAAUGGUAAUAUAUUUGAGCGUCGACCUUUGGCAUUAUACAUUCAUACGGAUCGAUCUAUUGCGAGCAAUAUUUUUGCAAAACAUGUUCUUUGCUCAGAUUCUGUUACUGCAUUACUAAAUGCUCAAUUUGUUUUAUGGCCAUGGGAUAUAACUCAUCGACAAAACAGGCAACUGCUUUUAGAAUUCAUGAGUUCGCCGAAUAUGCGUGAUGCGAGAGACGCAUUGGAUUUCCGUAAAUUUUCUGAGAUUGUACGAGUACCAACAAAUCGUUUUCCUCUUAUAUUGGUUCUGGCUAAAGCUAAAGGAAUGGUACAGAGUAUCGGGUAUGCAUGGGGAGUUGAUAGUCAUGACGAAUUUAUUAAUAGUUUGAUGGAAAUAUUGCAAGAAAAUCAGCAAAUAAAGCAAACAGAAAGAGAUGAAGAAAGGGAGCGCCUAGAACGAGAAGAAAUUCGUCAAGAGCAGGCCCGUGAAUAUGAAAGAUCGUUGGCUCAAGAUCGUGCUCGUCAAGAGCAACUUGAACAAGAACGAAAAAGGCAAAGAGAAGAGGAACAACGACGCAUACAAGCAGAAGAGGACAAAGUGCGCCGAGCUAAUGAACUAGCGGCAUCUUUGCCAUCUGAGCCGGAUGCUUCAGAAGAAAGUGUAACAAUAAGAUUUCGAUAUCCUAAUGGUCAAACAGAAGAUCGCAGGUUUCGUAAUUCCGAGCCACUUCAAUAUCUUAUUACUUUUAUCGAAGCAAGGGGAUUCUGUCCUCAAAGUUUUCGAAUUUGGAAUUCCGAUUUGCCUAGGAAGAAUGUGGUAGAAACCUUCAACUUACAAAAAACAUUCGCAGAUCUCAACUGGCCUGUGCGGGAGCAAGUCACUGUCGAAGAGAUUUAA